GAAAUCAUUGGACGUGUAAUCUACAACCCAAGAACCGCCUCUGAGAUGAAUAUCCCAAAGAUAUAAGAGACCCGCGAAUCCACGAUUUCCGACUUUCGAUCCAAAUCAGGAAAAGAAAAAGAAAAGUCCAACAAGUCUCAACCAAACAAAAAACCUCAAAAUCAAUCUCGCAAUUCGCAAUCACAAACAGUUCCCACAUUUUUUGAAACACUGAUCUUGGGUUCCCAUGGGAUCUUUGAAGACCGAGGAGGAGCUAGAAGUGAUCGGAGAAGUCUCAAAAGAUGCUAUUCUGUAUGUUAACGGAGUCCGUAAAGUGCUCCCUGAUGGUUUAGCCCACUUAACUCUGCUCGAGUAUCUUAGAGAUGUAGGUUUAACAGGAACGAAGCUUGGCUGUGGUGAAGGAGGUUGUGGGGCAUGCACUGUCAUGGUUUCUUACUUGGAUCAAAAUUCAAAGAAAUGCGUGCACCAGGCAAUCAAUGCUUGCCUGGCUCCAUUGUAUUCUGUUGAAGGAAUGCAUGUAAUCACAGUGGAAGGUUUAGGGAAUCACAAAUUUGGUUUGCAUCCAGUUCAGGAAUUAUUAGCACGUAAUCACGGGUCACAAUGUGGAUUUUGCACACCUGGAUUCAUCAUGUCCAUGUACGCGCUGUUAAGGUCUAGCAAAACAACUCCCACUGAAGAGCAAAUUGAAGAAAGCCUUGGAGGAAAUUUAUGUCGAUGCACUGGUUAUCGACCUAUUCUUGAUGCAUUUCGUGUCUUUUCCAAGACUAAUGACUUAUUAUACACGACCAAUUCUGUUUCAUCACAAACAGAUGGUGAGUUUGUUUGCCCUUCAACUGGUAAACCGUGUUCUUGUGGAUCAAAAACUGUCAAAAAAGGCGAUAUUUGCCACGAUUAUAAACCUGUUUCUUAUAACGAAAUUGAUGGAAGUUCAUACACAAACAAAGAAAUCAUAUUCCCACCUCAGCUUUUAAUGAGGAAACCAAGAUAUCUAAGCUUGAAUGGUUUUAAUGGGAUCAAAUGGCAUAGGCCAUUGGAGCUAAAACACGUUUUAGAGUUAAAAUCAAGAUUCCCUGAUGCAAAAUUAGUUGUGGGAAACACCGAAGUUGGAAUAGAAACUAGGUUAAAAAAACUUCAUUACCCGGUUUUUGUAUCCGUGACCCAUGUACCCGAACUUAAUAUUUUGACCAUUAACGAUGAUGGAAUGGAGAUAGGAGCUGCUGUUAGGCUUUCAGAGCUUCAAAAGUUGUUAAAAAAAGUUGUCAAUGAGCGUUCUUCUCAUGAAACAUCAUCUUGUAAGGCGAUCAUUGAACAAAUAAAAUGGUUUGCUGGAACUCAGAUAAGAAAUGUUGCAUCUGUUGGUGGGAAUAUAUGUACUGCAAGUCCGAUUUCAGAUUUGAAUCCUCUUUGGAUGGCUUCAAAAGCAAAGUUUAAAAUUGUUGACAUUAAUGGAAACAUUAGAACCACUUUAGCUGAAAAUUUCUUUUUGGGAUAUCGAAAAGUGGAUUUGGGGAAAAACGAGAUUCUUUAUUCGGUUUUUCUUCCAUGGACUCAAAGGUUUGAGUAUGUCAAAGAAUUUAAACAAGCUCACAGAAGAGAAGACGAUAUUGCCCUUGUAAAUGCUGGAAUACGUGUUUUUCUUGAAGAAAAAGAUCAGAAAUGGAUUGUUUCUGAUGCAUGUGUUGUUUAUGGUGGUGUUGCUCCUGUUUCUCUAUCAGCUGUAAAAACAAAAGCUUACCUAAUCGGGAAGCCAUGGAAUAAGGAAAUGGUGGAAAAUGCCAUGGAAAUCUUGAAACAGGAUGUUGUGAUUUCAGAAGAUGCGCCAGGUGGCAUGGUGGAGUUUCGUAAAUCUUUAACUUUAAGUUUCUUUUUCAAAUUCUUUUUGUGGGUAUCUCAUCAAAUGAAAGGUCAAGAUUUCUUUGAAGAACCCAUACCCAUUUCCCAUUUAUCAGCUAUUGAGCCGUUUCAUCGGCCAUCUGUAAUGGGUAGUCAAGAUUAUGAAAUCACAAAACAGGGAACUUCUGUGGGGUCCCCUGAAGUUCAUAUGUCAGCUAGACUUCAGGUAACAGGAGAGGCUGAGUACACAGAUGACACCCCUAUGCCACCUGGCGGUUUACAUGCUGCUAUGAUAUUAAGCAAGAAGCCUCAUGCUCGUUUGCUUUCAAUUGAUGAUUCCGGUGCCAGAUCAUCACCUGGAUUUGCCGGAAUAUUUUUUGCCAAAGACAUUCCGGGAGAUAAUGCCACUGGCCCUGUUGUUGAAGAUGAACAAGUCUUUGCUUCUGAUAUUGUCACUUGUGUUGGCCAGGUUAUAGGAGUCGUUGUUGCUGAUACUCAUGAAAAUGCGAAACUUUCAGCAAGAAAAGUGGUCAUUGAAUAUGAAGUUUUACCACCGAUCUUAUCCAUAAAAGAUGCUGUAAACUCCAAAAGUUUUUUUCCAAAUUCGAAUAGGAUAUUAAGUAAAGGGGAUGUUGACCUCUGUUUUGAGUCAAACCAAUGUGAUAAAAUCAUCGAGGGCGAGGUUCAUGUUGGUGGCCAAGAACACUUCUAUUUGGAGCCACAAAGUUCAUUCGUUUGGACCAUGGAUGGUGGCAAUGAGGUUCACAUGAUCUCAUCGACUCAAGCACCACAAAAGCAUCAAAAGUAUGUUGCCCAUGUGCUCGGUCUCCCGAUGUCAAAAGUGGUUUGUAGAGUGAAGCGAAUUGGCGGCGGAUUUGGCGGGAAGGAGACGAGAUCGGCUUUUUUUGCUGCGGUGGCGGCGGUCCCCGCAUACAUUUUGAACCGACCCGUGAAACUUACAUUGGAUAGGGAUGUAGACAUGAUGAUAUCCGGUCAGCGACAUAGUUUUCUUGGAAAGUACAAGGUUGGGUUCACAAAUGAAGGAAAGGUGGUUGCUUUAGAUCUUGAAAUCUAUAACAAUGGAGGGAAUUCACUUGAUUUGUCUCAAGCGAUACUUGAACGUGCAAUGUAUCAUUCGGAUAAUGUUUAUGAGAUUCCAAAUGUUAGAGUUUCCGGAAGUGUUUGUUUCACUAAUUAUCCUAGUAACACUGCUUUUAGAGGGUUUGGUGGGCCCCAAGGUAUGUUGGUUACUGAAAAUUGGAUCCAAAGAAUUGCCAUGGAAGUUAAGAAAAGUCCCGAAGAAAUCAGAGAAAUGAAUUUUAUUGGUGAUGGGUCAAUAUUACACUUUGGUCAACAAAUUCAAGACUGUACUUUGCAUCGGCUAUGGGAUGAACUCAAGAAAUCUUGCAACUUCUUGAAAAUUCGAAGUGAAGUUGAUGAGUUUAAUCUUCAUAAUCGAUGGAAGAAACGUGGAAUUGCUAUGGUUCCAACUAAAUUUGGUAUUUCAUUUACUACAAAGUUUAUGAACCAGGCAGGUGCGCUUGUUCAAGUGUAUACAGAUGGAACUGUGUUGGUGACACAUGGCGGUGUUGAGAUGGGCCAGGGUUUACAUACAAAAGUUGCUCAAAUUGCUGCUUCUGCCUUUGAAAUUCCACUUAGUUCUGUAUUUAUUUCAGAAACAAGUACUGACAAGGUUCCUAAUGCGUCUCCAACAGCAGCUUCAGCCAGCUCGGAUAUGUAUGGUGCAGCAGUUUUGGACGCGUGUAACCAAAUAAAAUCAAGAAUGGAGCCGAUUGCAUCCAAGAAACAACACACUUCUUUCAAGGAGUUGGUAAACACAUGUUAUUGUGAGCGUAUAGAUCUUUCUGCACACGGGUUUCACAUUGUCCCUGACAUUGGGUUCGAUUGGACAACUGGAAAAGGUAAUCCAUUCAGGUACUUCACAUACGGGGCUGCAUUUUCCGAGGUUGAAAUCGACACAUUGACCGGAGAUUUCCACACAAGGGCUGCUGAUGUCAUCUUGGACCUCGGAUUCUCCAUCAAUCCAGCCAUUGAUGUUGGACAGAUUGAAGGAGCAUUUGUGCAAGGUAUGGGAUGGGUGGCUCUUGAAGAGCUGAAAUGGGGAGAUGAAGCUCAUAAAUGGAUUCAACCUGGUUUCUUGUUUACAUCUGGUCCUGGAAAUUACAAGAUUCCAUCUGUCAAUGAUGUUCCUUUCAAAUUCAAGGUUUCCCUAUUGAAGGAUGCUCCAAAUGACAAGGCGAUACAUUCAUCAAAAGCUGUUGGUGAACCUCCAUUCUUUCUUGCUUCGUCUGUGUUUUUUGCCAUUAAAGAUGCGAUUAUAGGUGCAAGAGCUGAAUCAGGGUUUCAUGGCUGGUUUCCUCUUGACAAUCCUGCAACUCCUGAGAGAAUCCGGAUGGCUUGUGCUGAUGAGUUCACAGCUCCAUUUGCCAAAUCUGAUUUUCGACCCAAACUUAGUGUUUAGUAAGCAUUCCAUCAAGUUAACACAUAACACAUGAGGUGGAUGCUUGUUUUUCGUGCAUAGUACUACUAUUUGUACAUUAAUUUGUAUAUUUAUAUAAGAAAUCUAUUCUGAUUAUUAGCUUUUAUAAACUUGGUGAAAGAAAUGUAAUGUGAAGAUAUAGUUCUUCUGUAUGUUUGAAAGUCUCUCAAUCCAG